CGCUCUUGUAGAGGAGGCUUGUGAGGAGGCGUUGUUGUGUUCUGCCGAUGCCUCGCCAAUGGUUCAGCGGUGCGAGACUGGCUGUUAGAACUUGUUGGUUGCCCUUUGCCCUGGUGUCGCCUUAUCGGCCGGUUCAUUCGUCGCGGCAGUGCACAGGAUCAUAACGGCAGUUCGUGGACCCCGGAAUAAGAAGAGAGUACGUGAUUUUUUUUUUUUUUUUAAGGCAUGGCUUCCACUCUGCUGGACAAUUCUGGACAUGAGGAGCCUCGGAUAACUAAAGACCAGGACUCAAAUACCAAAUCAAUGGUCUUGGGUUCAACGCCUGAAAAUUUUGGAGGACACGAUUCACUGGCUUCACACCUGUCAAGUGUUGCCAAUAAGGUGGGGAACGUGGUGAAUCGGAAGACUCUUGUCACUGCAGCUGCUGCAACAGUUGGAGCAGCAGCUGCUGUGGCCGCAGUGCCUGUUGUACUUUCUGCAGUCGGAUUUGGCACGGUUGGUGUAUCGGCAGGCUCGACAGCUGCUGGUAUUCAGUCGACAAUGGGCGGCUUUAUUGCCAAGGGCAGCCUGUUCUCACUCUGCCAGAGCUGGGGCGCCGUGGGCCUGCCAGCCGCUACUCAAGCCGCAACCGCAGUGGCCGGAGCUGGCCUUGGUGGCGGCGCUGCUGCUGUAGGUACAUCAGCUGCGGUGCAUUCUGGGGCCACCAAGAUGGGGGCAUGCCUCAAGACAGCUGCCAGCACCACUGCAGCAGUGGUGCCGGCAGCAGUGUGGUCCGUGGCCUCCAAAACGGGCACAUGUUUGGGCAGCGCCACGGCAGCAGUGAAGGCAGGGGCAGUAGCAGCUGGGAUGCAUCUGGGCAUUGGAGGCACUGAUGCAGCUGCUGACACCCUUGAUAAGUUGCCGGCUGCACGGCUAUAGAGAAUGCGUGCGUCGUCAAAGCACGCAUGCUUUGGAGACAUACUAUUAGAGCAAGAAACAAGACACAGUACGCAAAGCCUGUGUGUCAUAUUUUGUCAUGUUUCGUUGUGCUCAUAGUAUAUGUCCAAGCCAGCUCACCCAGCUUAUGAAUCAAAAUUUGUUGUCAGAAAUGGUCAACACUGUAUGUGUUUUGCACUCUUGAGAUGCUGCAUAUGUAUGGUGGGAGAUUAGACAAUUAAAUAUUUUAUUUGUUUUAA